CUCCGUGCCUUGGGAGAUGAUUCUGAUCCUGGAAGAGCGAUGGAAUCCUCAACAUUACAGACUUUUGAGCAGACGGUGCUCGUUCCGUGCAGAGCGGCUGAGAGCCAGGUACCGUGUCUGCAGGGAAUCUAGUCAUGCUAAGGCACGGCCUGUUUCUCCUCACUUUUGGACUGUCUUUAACUGGAAGCUCUUGUUGGAUGACAGGAAUUUCAUUUUUAGGUGCAUAUUCUGAAGAGGCAUCCAGACUUUCUGCAUUCGAAAUCAUUAUUCCUCAAAGGUUGACAGGCAGAGAGAAACAUCACCCAUUUCUUCAUGAGGAGCAUUCAGAUGACAGUCUUUCUUACUCCAUUAAAACCAGAAAUGGAACAUACCUCCUAACACUGAAGAAAAAUAAAGACCUUGUUAGCAAAGACUUUAUGCUGUAUACCUAUGGGAAAAAUGGGAAACUGGAGGCAACACAAUCAAAAAACAAGACACACUGUUAUUACCAUGGUGCUGUUGAAGGAAUGGCUGACUCGGUGCUUGCUCUUAGCACGUGCGAUGGCCUGAGAGGAAUUAUCUACAUUGCUGGCAAAUGGUAUGGAAUGGAGCCACUCAACACAUCCAGAACGUUUGAACACAGGUUUUACCAGUUAGAAGACAUGCAGCAUAUUCCUUUCCACUGUGGUGUGCUGAAUGACAGCCUUCAUCAUGAGAUGCAGAUGUUUGCGAAGCAGUCUGUGAAAUAUGCAAUUUCACUAAACAGUACCUCUAGUAGGGAAGAGCUUUUGAGGAAGAAGCGAGCUGUCCUGCCACAGAAAAGCUAUGUGGAAUUAUUUGUGGUUGUGGAUAAUCACAGGUUUUUGCAGAAGAACUCUGAUCCUGCUGCAGUGCAAAAGGAAACCGUUGAGCUGAUUAAUUAUGUUGAUGGGAUGUACAGUGCAUUGAAUAUCCAGAUUGUUUUGGUUGGAUUAGAGAUUUGGACAGAUAAAAACCAAAUCUCUGUAAUGGAGGGUUCAGCUGGAGAUGUACUGAGUAGAUUUGUUUCUUGGAGACAGAAAGAUCUUCUUAAGCGAUCCAGAAAUGAUGUCAGCCAUCUCAUAAUAGGGAGAGACUCUUACGGCGGAUCCAUCGGAAUGGCUUUUGUGGGUACUGUCUGCUCACAGGUGCAGGGAGGGUCGAUCAGCACUUUGAAUCAUAACAAUGUGUUACGUCAUGCUACAGUAGUUGCACAUGAACUGGGACAUAACCUUGGAAUGAAACAUGAUGAUAACAGGUGUCCUGCAUCCUACAUUAUGUACAGCACAGAUAAGGGAUCCAGGAAUUUCAGUUCCUGCAGUGCUGAUGAUUUUGAGAACCUUGUUCUAAAUGGAGGAGGAAACUGCCUCAGAAAUCCACCCAAAACAAGUAAUGUUUACAAAGAGCCUGUCUGUGGUAACAACGUGAUUGAUAACAAUGAAGAAUGUGACUGUGGAAAGCCACAGGAAUGCACCAACCCUUGCUGCAAUGCUGCCACCUGCAAACUUACGUCUGGAUCGCAGUGUGCACAGGGACUGUGCUGCAAAAACUGCAAGUUUAAAGCAGCAGGAACAGAAUGCAGAUCAAAAAUGGAUUUCUGUGAUCUCCCUGAAUACUGCAAUGGAAGCUAUGCCUACUGUCCAGACGAUGUUUACAUCAUGAAUGGUUACCCAUGCAACAACAUGGAAGCAUAUUGCUACUACGGAGUGUGUCAGAGCUUUGAUUCACAGUGUGAAGCUAUAUAUGGGAAAGGGGCACAAAAAGCACCUGAUCUGUGCUUUGAAAAAGCCAAUAUUAAAGGAGAUAGAUUUGGAAACUGUGGAAUGACAGGUGGAGUGUACAAGAAGUGUUCUGUUCAGCACAGUCUGUGUGGCAAGCUCCAGUGCACUUCUGUUAGCCUUCAGAAUCUUCCUGCUUGGAGUGUUGUCAAUAAUGCCUCUGGGGUUUUGUGCUGGUCCUCUGAUUUUGACUUAGGAUCAGAUAUCCCUGAUCCUGCUCAAGUUCAUGAUGGAACAGCAUGUGGAGAAAAGAAGGCCUGUGUAGCUUUUGAGUGUGUGGAUGCAAGUCAUCUGGGCUACAGCUGCGAUGUAAAGCAGAAGUGUAAUGGCAAUGGGGUGUGCAACAACAAUGGCAACUGCCACUGCAAUUCUGGAUGGGCGCCUCCGUUCUGUAACCAGUCAGGCUACGGUGGCAGCACUGACAGUGGUCCAGCUCACAUGGAUACAUCACUUCGGGACGGCCUGCUUAUUUUUUUCUUCGUUGUGCUGCCAGUACUGAUUGUGACUGUAAUAGCAGUAAUUAAGCGUGGCGCAAUAAAGAGGAAGUUUUGCAGGAAAAGUAGAAGACAUCACAGGGAUAACAAUGCACAGCAACCAAAGCAAAGCAACAGACCAACCCAUACCACAAGAAAUGAUCAGCCCACCACAGCAAGCCCUGAUAUUUUCACCAUAUCGCAUUUUCCCGGUCCGAGGCAGGCAGGACAAACGCGGUUUCCCGUGGUUCCUUCAGGACCUCAUCGCCCUGCUGUCCCAUCACCCCGACCCGCUGUGUGAGGAACUCCCUGGGCUACAACUGCUGCCAGGAACUGAUAAGGAGAAGCACGAGGGCUGGCAUCUCGCAGCCCUCCACGUGUGCAUCCUUCCAGCAGCACGUACCGCUGGGAAAGACUCGGUGCCGAGAGACCCUGAGCACAGCCUUUGUAUCACUGCCUUACUGUAUUAUUGCCUAAGAGCUGCUGGCUGCGU